GGCGUGGCCCCGGGCCUGCCCUUGCCAUCCGGAACACUUUGCAGCUGCAAGCCGGAGAUCUGGGAGGUCGGUGUCCAUGGCCGCCGCGCUGCUCGCCCGGGCCCCUGGCCCGCUCCGCCGAGCUCUCCAUCCUCGAGACUGGCGCAGGUUACAUACUGUUUACCAGUCUGUGGAACUGCCCGAGACACAUCAGAUGCUGCGUCAGACAUGCCGGGACUUUGCUGAGAAGGAGCUGGUCCCCAUUGCAGCCCAGCUGGAUAAGGAGCAUCUCUUCCCCGCGGCUCAGGUGAAGAAGAUGGGUGAGCUCGGGCUGCUGGCCAUGGACGUGCCGGAGGAGCUCAGUGGUGCGGGCCUGGAUUACCUGGCCUACUCCAUUGCCCUAGAGGAGAUCAGCCGAGGCUGCGCCUCCACGGGAGUUAUCAUGAGCGUCAACAACUCUCUCUACUUGGGGCCCAUCCUGAAGUUCGGAUCCCCAGAGCAGAAGAAGCAGUGGAUUCCCCCCUUCACCAGUGGUGACAAAAUCGGCUGUUUUGCCCUCAGUGAGCCAGGGAACGGCAGUGAUGCGGGAGCUGCUUCCACCACGGCCCGGGAAGACGGUGACUCGUGGGUCCUCAACGGCACCAAAGCCUGGAUCACCAACUCGUGGGAGGCUUCGGCCACGGUGGUGUUUGCCAGCACAGACCGGUCCCGGCAGAACAAGGGUAUCAGUGCCUUCCUGGUUCCCAUGCCAACUCCCGGGCUCACACUGGGUAAGAAGGAGGAUAAGCUGGGCAUCCGGGCCUCAUCCACAGCUAACCUCAUCUUCGAGGACUGUCGCAUCCCCAAGGAGAACCUGCUGGGGGAGCCAGGGAUGGGCUUCAAGAUAGCCAUGCAAACCCUGGACAUGGGCCGCAUCGGCAUCGCCUCCCAGGCCCUGGGCAUCGCCCAGGCCUCCCUCGACUGCGCUGUGAAAUAUGCUGAGAACCGCAAAGCCUUCGGGGCCCCCCUCACCAAGCUCCAAAACAUCCAGUUCAAGCUGGCAGACAUGGCCCUGGCCCUGGAGAGUGCCCGCCUGCUGACCUGGCGCGCUGCCAUGCUGAAGGACAAUAAGAAGCCGUUCACCAAGGAGUCGGCCAUGGCCAAGCUGGCUGCCUCUGAGGCUGCAACCGCCAUUAGCCACCAGGCCAUCCAGAUCCUGGGCGGCAUGGGGUACGUGACGGAGAUGCCAGCCGAGCGGUACUAUCGAGACGCCCGCAUCACAGAGAUCUACGAGGGCACCAGCGAAAUCCAGAGACUGGUGAUCGCGGGCCACCUGCUGCGCAGCUACCGGAGCUGAGCCCUUUGGGGGGGCCGGCCUGCCCGUGGACCCAGGCAAAGGACAGGCAGAGCCUCGUGGCUUAGCUCUGAGGCCUGGUCCCACCAUAAAGGGACCGGCCUCAUUCUGAACCCUCCCAGUCAGACUGGGGGGACGUCUGUCUCAGGGAGAGGAAAGGCCGGCCGCUGUGACCCGUGACCGAGAAGAAAUGAGUCGUCAGCUCAGGACCGGGCUUGGCUGCUCCUUUCCACCCACCGACAGUGCCUUUCUUCAUCUGGAGGCAGGGCCACGGGAGCGCUAAACCACCCUGGCACUUACGGUGCCAUUCCCAAGAGCCCUGCUGCCCACAAGGGACGGGGCAGGGGGCAGGAGGAGGAGGGGGUGGCCCAGUGGCCGGGCCUCGGCGGCAGGAGUUUCAGCCUUUGAAUCCCCAGGGUUGUCUUGGGAUGGCUGGGGCCUGGGUCCCGGGGCCUCACUAGAGGUCAAGUGAGUGCAGGUGUCUGUUGUGCUGGGCAGCUGCAGGCUGCCCGUGGCCAAUAAAACGCUUGUGCCCGA